AGGCGCGCGCGCGCGCGGGUGGGGACGAGUUCGAGGGCGUCGGACAAAGGUUGGUGGUGUCGAGCGACCGGCCGGCAGCGCAUUCGCGGCUCAAACAUGGCAGCGGCUACCAGCGUUGUCGUGCUCGACAGGGGCAACAACACCACCUGCACCAUCAAUUUACACGGAGCCACCGUGGUGUCCUGGCGGGUGAAUAAUCAGGAACAGCUGUUCGUUAGUAAGCAAGCUGUGUUCGACGGCAAGAAAGCGAUCAGAGGCGGCAUACCGUUCGUUUUCCCACAAUUCGGAGCAUGGACGUUCGGGCCACCCCACGGCUUCGCCAGGAUCAUUCGUUGGAACGUGGAGAAGUCGCCGGAGCGAUUGCCCAGCGGGGACAUCGAGGCAAUAUUCUCGAUAAUGGACAGCGAGUUCACGCGGUCGCUGUGGAAUUCACAGUUCAGGCUAACGUACAGGCUAAUACUGCGCGAGAAGGAGUUGCAUUUUAAUAUCGGCGUGUACAACCCUAGCAGAGAGGACACCUUCAGCUUCAAUCUGCUUCUACACACUUAUUUCAAGGUACCCGAUGUCAGGAGAUGCCAAAUCACGGGGCUGCACGGAUGCACGUUCGUCGACAAGACUAGGGACAACCAAAUCUUCCAAGAAGGCCGCGACGUCGUCACGGUGUGCGAAUGGACCGACCGGAUCUACCAGAACACGCAGCCGGAGCAUAUCAUCACGAACGUCGUUUCCGGUAGGAAGAUGCGCGUGCAGAAGUACAACUUUCCCGACACGGUGGUCUGGAAUCCCUGGCAGGAGAAGGCGCGCGACAUCCCGGACUUCGGCGACGACGAAUUUCCCAACAUGAUAUGCGUCGAGAGCGGUCACGUCAGUAGUCCGGUAAUACUAUUGCCAGGGACGGCCUUCGAGGCGAGCCAGAUAUUACAGAGUUGUAAUACGUCGAAUCAAGUCUACGCGUAUCGCGUACAGAGCAAAAAGUCGAGAUAUCGAUACUACAAUGCUGCGCUUGAAUCUUACGAUCAAUCUCCGAAGGUCGGUAUCGAUCUUACGCCGAUAUACUCUUGCUACCUUGAUAAUUCUGUAACAUUCUUGCAUUGAUAUUCCAGCAUUUGUAAUACUCAGCCUACGAGAUUUUAUUGAUUGUCCGAAGGUAGACGUCAGGCGCGCUCGCAAUUAAUUACGUGACGAAACCAGACUCGCAGUGUAACUCGAGUCGUCAUACUCUUACCUGAAAUCUUACGCUAUUACCCGUAAUUGCGAUCAUUCGUGAAACCACUCGUUACGCCGUACACUGCGCGGAAUAGCUACGAAUAGGAAAUGACUGAAUAAUUGGGCUAGCGUCUUUUUUGCAUUCCUGUAGACUAUCAUUCGUUCGCAAAGAACUUUACGCUUUUUCACGAUUUCAAUUCGCGAGGCAAAUAUUAAACCCUUACGGCGGAGCGAGCGAAUAUAUUUUCACAAAGUGAUUUAUUAUUAAAAUAGCUACUUAUCAAUAUGAUUAAAUCACUCUUAUUGCCAGUUAAAUAUUAUUAGAUACUUUAGAGUAGAU